UUAAUUUAAUUAUAAUUUAAAAUCUCCAAUUUUUUAUUUUCAUAUAUCUUAUUUAGUAUAUGUCAUAUUCAACGUUGUUAAAUAACAAAUUAGUACAUAAAAUUUAUAUUUAAUUAAUAAUAAAUUUUUCAUGAAACAAUUAUAUGUAAUCAAAUGUACUGUCCUUGCUUUAAAAAAAAAAACAAAGUGCACUCUUUCAUUUUUUAUCGCCCAUAUUCUCCAAAACUGUACUUUGCAGUCGAAAUAUCGAUUGUAUACAGUUCGCGUUACUUGUAUUUAGUUAUCAACGUGUGGACAACAGAACCGAACAAAAGGCCGAGACGACGUAACAAUCAUCCUAUGAUGCCAAGUUCUAUGUCCGUUUCUCCGCAACCUAGUAUGGUGCAAAAGUUUGGAAAUACGAAAACUACGAACAGUGCCGUCGGUCUGGGCAGCCAUGAGGGAAAAUAUACACCAAACAGUUCCGUUCCCGACUUAGCUCAAAGAUUUGCUGGCCUUUCCGUUAACACUGGAAUGAACGACUGCAUGUUUUUGAGGACUGCGACGCCUAUGUAUCAUCCCGAACUGUCACCCGCAAUGUCACAUACUUAUAUCAAUCAAUACGCUGGAUCCGAGUACCAUCUGGACAGAGUCCAGACACCACAGAUGCCUUACGUGCCUUUCGACGUCGAUACUGGUUACGAAGAUUACAAUCACUCCGUUUAUCGUCACAAUGCUGGCUACAGUAGAUGCUAUUCGGAAAGAUCGAGUUCUCGAAAUGAGCAGCAGGAUGAGUUGCCUUUGCCGCCUGGAUGGUCGGUUGACUUCACACUCCGUGGUCGAAAGUACUACAUUGAUCAUAACACCAAAACUACGCACUGGUCGCAUCCGCUCGAGAAGGAGGGUUUGCCCACGGGAUGGGAGCGAAUCGAGUCUCCCGAGUACGGUGUUUAUUACGUCAACCACAUCACGCGCCAGGCGCAGUACGAACACCCAUGCUACCCACAUGAGAUGCAAGCAGUGCGGGUCGUGUCGCCACCACGGCACACUCAUUUUCACUCUCACAGUGUCCUCGUGCCGGCCAAUCCUUAUCUUAACGAGGAAAUACCCCACUGGCUGUACGUGUACAGUAGAGCCUCGAUAGCUUUAGAUCGCAAACUUCGUUGGGAAUUAUUUCGCUUGCCUGAGCUGGAUUGCUUCAAUGCCAUGCUCACCAGGCUGUACAAGCAGGAACUAGAGGAGGUUGUGAUGCGUUAUGAAGAGUAUAGAUCAGCAUUACUGUGUGAAAUGGAACAGAGAUUGAAGGAAUUGAAUCCAGAAUCUGGCGGUUCCAAUGUUGGUGCUAUUGCCUUACGAAGAUCUCUUCCCUGAGGAGGGAGGGAAGAGAGAGAUCUGCCGAAUAAUCAAUUUUUAAUACAUUGUACAUUUUUUUCUUGACUGACUGGGGAAAGGUUCCUCAGAAGCGUUAUGAUAAGUGAUUAAUUGCUCUGUAUUUUGUACACGAGUAGAUAGUAUAAAGCCUAAGAGAUUAUCUUUUUUGAUAUGUAUUAUGCAAUGCUACAUGAGAGUUCUAAGAAAUAAUAAUUAUUUAAAUGUUACCUAAGA